AUGUAUAAUGAUCUGAUGUUCUUAUCUUCUAUAUUCUUCUUUUCUGUUAUCGUACAUCUUACUUUCGGACAACAAAGUACACUUUAUGUUAAACAUGGUGAUACUGCAGAAUUAUGUGACAAUCGUUCUACGUCCAUUUUUGCGUACGAAUACCGAAGUUUCGACGGGAAAAAGAAUCUAAUUGUUGAACCGAGUAAAGAUGAUCGAUUUUCCAAUCCAUAUCGUACAAGUUUACUACGAAUAAAAAAUGUUAAUGAAGAUGAUAGCGGAUUGUAUAAAUGUCCACAAGAUGAUACAGAAUGGCAAAGAAUUCAAGUUUAUACUCCAGUUCAACAUGUGUAUUUAAGUAAUCUUCAUGUGACAUCUCGAACCCGUACAAAUGAUUUAUGCGGGAUUGAUAACGGCAAUUGUUUAGUUAUGGUUGAAGGUGAACCAUUAGACAUUGUUUGUGCUGCUGAUGGUUCUCCUCGUCCUGCUCUUGACAUAGCCUUGGAUAGAAACAGUACGGGACCGACAAUUAUGGCAUUAGCUGGUGGUAUUCAAGUACCAUCAACAAUCAACAACCAAUUUAGACCAACUGUUUAUGAAGCUUAUCGUAUUGCUGGGUUGACACCAGCUGACAAUGGACGAAAUCUUACAUGUCGUGUUGAUAUGAAACAAAUUGAUGAAAAGCUCGUUUUAACAUCAAUAAAACAACUUUACAUCGAAUUUCGGCCAACUGUUCUCGAACGAUCCAGAAAAAUCUACAUAGGUAUCAAUCAAACACGUACUAUUAAUUGUACUGUUCUACGUGCUAAUCCAACUUACAUACGUUAUACAAUCAAUGGUUUACCAUCAUCCAUUAUUCAUCGAACGUAUGGUGAUCCAACUCAGAUGUAUUACACAUUCGAUAUAAUACCUACAUCAAUCGAACAAUUUCGUCCGUUUAAUGUGACUGCGAAUAAUAGCAUUGGUUACGAUACUUGCACAUACGAAUUAAUUCAUGGAGGUGUACCAGAUGCCAUUACUCACUGUGUUAUUGAUACUCAUACAUCGAAUACAACUACAACUAUUAGUUGUACGAAAAGUUAUGCUCAAGGUGACAGUGAUGGUUAUACAUGUAUAUUGUUUAAAUUCAAUGAUAAAGAUAAUCAGAAGAUGUUCAAAGAAGAAGCUCGAACAAAAUCUUGUAUUUUUGCAUUGGAAACAUUCCAUGAGCCAGUGGAAUUUCGUGUGGCUGCAUUUAAUCGUUAUGGAUUAUUACCGAUCAAUACCUUUGGCUAUGUUAUUCACUUGAAUCAGCCCACAGUGCGCAAAGAAACACCAUUUUUCAAUAAGAAAAUUCUUGUCGUCAUCGGCAGCAUCUUCGGUGGUGCAGUGGUAUUCUUCUUUCUCUGUUGUCUCUGUGGAACAUGUCAUCGCGAUCGAACAAAACUUUCAAAUCGAAAUAAUUUCUAUCAAAAAGAUAAAUAUCCACGCUCGUCGGCCGAGAGCGAAUCAUUGAAGCCAAUCACUGAUGAGACUCAUUUGGCUCUCAAUGGUGGUGAUAGACAUCAUCCAAAUGGAGCUGUUUAUGAUAUUCCUACUCAUUUAAAUGGUAAAUAUUCUCAUCAUCCCUCUUCUCCUUCUGUUUAUCAUCAACAAAAACCUCAACAAUCAGCUAAUGUUCACUAUGUGGACCAAGAAUCAAUAACAAAUAGUCUUAAUGCAGUACCAACACGAGCACGUACAUUCAACAAUAAAUUCUAUGGUAAUUCAAAUGAUAAUAAAUACGGACCCAUCUCUCCGACAAGUACUCUCAUAUCUCCACGAAAACUAACGCAUGAUACAGACGACCAUAACGAAGACGAAGAUGACUCACCGGUUUAUUCGACUACAACUGAUGUUAUGUCUGAAAGUGGUUCAUUUCUUGUUUCGUCUUCCUCGACAAAACGUCGUGCACCACCUCCACCCAAACCACGUUAUUCGACAUUAGGUUCAAUUCGUAUACCUCCCGAAAAUCUCGAUAAAAAUCCCAUGCCGUUACCCAAACCACGUUCGCGUUCGAAUUCACGUACACGUCUAAAUAACGGAAGUUCAGAUAAUUCAUCGUAUCUCUAUGAAGAACGUCUUGUGUCAUCUUCUGACUCUGGUAUAGGACAAUCCGAUGUUGUUUGCCUGCCAAACGGUGAUACGAUACGUUCAGGUCUUGUGAAAUUAAGACAAAAUAGUCUCCAGAAAAAUUCUCCAAAUUCACCAUUUUUCCUUCCAUCAGCCAAGUACGAAACGUUAACAUCGCCUGUUGUUCGUGGAACUGAAUGUUAA